AUGGAAGACAACAUUGACUUGGCCGAAUUGGUGAAGCCCUCCAUCCUCACAGCUCAACAUGGCAAUGGCAAAAAACGAAUUGCAGAGGCAACCGAGUCUCUUCAGCAAGCGAUGCACCAAUUCGUCGAGCUCCUUAAUGAUCGUGCAAGGCUGUUUGCCGACAGUGCUCAGUUUGAUAGCGCCUUACAGGAUGCAGCAACCAUACGAACCUUAUUACCAGGAUCAGCGCUUGGAUACUUGUGUACUGGAUAUGUGCAUUGUCAACAAGGAUGUUAUGCAGCAGCGGUUGCCAUGUACGACCAAGGGCUUGAAGCCGUACCUGAAUCGGAUGCCUAUUAUAAGCACCUCCAGCAACACCGAUUGACAGCAAUUGCCAACAAUAGUAAGCGGGUCGAUUUCAUCAGCCGGUUGCCAUUGGAUAUCGUUGUCACCAACAUUCUACCAAGGGUGAAGCCCAAAUGCUAUUCUGAAUCAUCAUCACCAUGCGAACACCUCUUUGUGUCUCGUACCUGGCAGAAGCGCAUCUUGCAACAACCUGAUGGCGUUAACUUUGAUUUUGGCCAAGAGGGACGCACCUUCAAGAAGGGUCAUGAUGAACUUGUUCGAUGCGCAUCCUACGUUCAGAGCCUAUCUGGUGCUAUUACAGGGGAGGUUCGUUUGGAUGAACUCUUUUCUCGUGCACGCUUUUCCAAUCUUAAGCAACUCGACUUAAACUGCGCUUUUUCCAUUCCUCAUCGUCCACUCUUAAACGGCUUGCGAAUGAUUGCUGAUUCACUCACACACUUGGUCAUUGAUGGAUAUCCUUGCGAUAUCAAAUUACGCGAUGUCUUGGAAUCAUGUCCCAACCUUAUAUUGUUGACAACGGAGGAAGUGGCCGCUGUUUUGCCUUCUGAUGCAUGUUAUCCCAAAAUCAUGCACCUUGCUCUUCAUUCCAUAUCAGACACAGCUCCCAGUCAUGACCAUAUGGAUGAUCUCCUAAGCCGCUUCCCUUCUUUGGUGUCAUUCCAAAUCACCCCAAUGCCUGAAUCAAGUGUCCUGGCCCUUCUACCCAAACAUUGCCCGCAUCUGCAAAUCCUUUAUUUCGGAAGCUUGGAGUUUGACUCCAGCAAACUGAUUACUCAUCCUGGUCGUAAAGGAAUCACAAUGGCUGAGAUAUCUGGUGAAGACAUGUAUCAUCAAGAUGACCUGAUCCGGUUCUUGCACGUGCAUCAAAAUUCACUUGAGAGGAUUGUAAUUGACGCCGAGGUUGAUGUUAAGAAUCGUGCAUGGAAGUUACAGCACGAGCAAGUUAUACCCGAAGAUGAAGAAGAUGCACUUUUAUGUUCUGAAAACGACCCAACGCAAUCAGAAACUUCGUUCCCGCAGCUGGUGGAUAUGGUGGUUUCCGAUCCAGUACCAUCGAAAAGCCAAGCUCUUAUCACCAGGAUCAUAUCGAAUGCGCCCAAUCUCAAAUCGAUCAGCCUCCCCCAUUCACAUCUUGAAGAACCUCAUAUAGCCGACGCUAUGAUUGACUUGAAGCAUCUUUCCAAAUUGAGGGUCACGCGGUCCAAGUCGAGAAAUUUCGUCAUUGGUGGCGUCGCUAAAUUCUUGACAUCUCAUAUUACAAGGGGUCUCCUUUCAACGCUGGAAGAAUUGACUCUACACGCGAACCAAGCCAUGCUUGAAGUAUCGUGGAUACCUUUGGUUUCCAAUCUGCAUUGCCUUAAGAAUUUGGAAUUGGUCUCCCCUGACAUUUCUCGAGAGUGGUUCUUUAUACUGAAACAGAUAGGCCAAGGAUGUCGCUCCCUUGAAAGUUUAAAGCUCGGUACCAAGCGUUGCAAAUUGGUUGAUGGUAGCAUCGAGUCCCUGGAUGAACUUAUGGAGGAGUUGCAAGAAGAUAUACCAAAGGUCAUUAUCAAAUAA